CGGCGCGGGCCUCGGGGCGGACUCCGAGUGGGCCGAGACGGCGGCGGAGGUGCCGACGGUGCUGCACACCAAGAUGGGGCAGCUCGCGGUGGGCAGCGCGAGCAGGGACAUGCUGGAGUUCGUGAGCGGGGUCGACAUCAAAGACGAGGACCUUCCCAGGGAGACGAUCAAGCUGGAGGACAAGCUGGACCAUGCUGCUGGGGAGGCCCACCUUCCCGAGGAGACGGUCAAGCUGGAGGACGACCACAUGCCGCGGAACGAGUUCGCGGUCCAGGCGGUGGUCGUGCAGGAGAUGGCCAUGCACGUGGCCCUGGUGGAUGUGGCCGUGCAGGGCGAGGUGCCGAGCGCGGGUGUGCGGCGGAGCUGGGAGGCCACGGUGGAGGCCAACCAGCUGGCGCACGCGAGGGCGGCCGCCGCGGCGGCAUGCCGUCGUGCCCAGUGGCGGCUCGAACAUGACGAGCUGGAGGGCGUUGCGGUGCCCGCCCGCUCCGAGGAGGUGCAGCAGUUCGAGGAGCUGGUCGUUGAGGGCUCCUUCGAGGUGCACUCGUGGCCGAGGAAGGGGUCCGACGGGAUCGCGACGACCAAGUACAUCGUGAAGGCCGGGAGCGACGACAUCGCUCCGCUCACGGCCGACCGUGACCUGUGGCGGCCUGGAUGGCAAGCCGACGGUGAGGAGCUUGCCCCUCCUCUGCCCUCGGCCGCCGAGGUUGCGGAGGGCCGCCAGUGGCUGCGCUCCAGCUUCCGCCCCAACUCUCCCUGGGCCAGGUGGGCGAGCCGUGAGCGGCGGCGCCAGAGGUUCAAGGGCUGAGUGGGCGGUAGCUAUGUGUAGUUGCUAGACUCGGCUCGGGGCGCUGGCGUCUUUCUGGGGGCGGCCUGGGGGCUGCUUCGUUUGGGCCGCGGGGUCCUGGGUGCGGCCCUGGGGGCUGCGUUCGGUUGCCCGUGGGUCUCCGUCCCCGCGGGGGUGGUGGGGCCUUGGCCACGGUUCUCCCCUCCUGGGAGGUCCGUUGCUGGGGUGCACCUGUCUGGUGUGGCCCUCGGGCUCCUCGUCGCCACUCCCGCUUGCGAGCCGCAGCGUCGGCAGGUGGACUUUUGUCCGCCCAACCCCAUACCCAUACCCA